AUGUUAAUGCUACGACAUAUCACGCGCGCUCAUGCCGCGUUGACACGACAACCUUUCGCGUAUCGGUCUCAGCAGGCUGGUCCGGUACUGCAAAGAACAAGGUUAUGCCAGCCCUCUUUGGCGCGCGCUUUGAGUGGCCAAUCCGGUCCUCCGACUCCUGGCAACGAUGCGCCAAACCCCAUUGACGACGCUGCAGAGCGUUUGGAGGAAGAGGAAGAGCAGCAAGAGGAGAAACGCGAGAAAAAGAAGGCAGAAUGGAAAAGCACAGCCUGGAAGAUGUUUGAGGCUGCUGCUACUACCGGAGCCAGCAUCUUCAUCCUUGGAUGCGUCGGCAUUGGCUAUACUAAGUACUACAAAUGGAACGUGCUUGAAAAGAUGGAGAACGCUUUUCGGGAAGGCGAUCCUGUAUUAGAGCUUGCAGCUACUGGAAAGGAGAUGCCGAAAGCGGGUGAACCUACUCGACUACAGGUCAGCAAGGACCUGGACGGUGAUGAUAAAGACUAUGAUCGCUGGAUCCCACGUGAUGAGCAGGAAAGAAUUGACAAGAUUGUCUGGGGUGAGACGAAAGGACGUUACCAUCUGCUUCUUGGCGAGAAGGGGACUGGGAAGACUUCCAUGCUCAUCGACGCCAUGGAUAAGAUCAAUGGUGAGGGAUGUUCGAUGAUGGAAGCCCAUGCAGAUCUCGAAGUCUUCCGUGUACGACUAGGUCGCUGUCUCGAUUUCGAGUACCACGAAGACAACAUCGGAUCGCUUUUCUCUAUCCGCGGUCCACGCGAUGCGGGCGCCAUCCUUGACAUUGAGCGCGCGUUCAACAAGCUUGAGAAAGUAGCUUUGCGACGACGCGCAACUGUCGGCAGACCGCUCAUUCUCAUUAUCAACUCCGCACAUUUGAUCCGAGACAAUGACGACGGCCGAGACCUGCUCGAACUCAUCCAACAGCGAGCGGAGCAGUGGGCGGCCGCCAACCUCGCAACCGUCAUCAUCAAUUCGGACAAGUACUGGGUGUUUGAACGACUGAAGCAGUACGCGACGCGCAUGGAAGUACAUCAGAUCAAGGACCUAAGCAAAGACCGCGCCAUGCAAGCCCUGCGCAACUACCGAAUGAAAUACUACGGCGAGAAAGUGCACGAUUCCAUCCUCGAAGAAGUAUACGACAAAGUCGGCGGACGCCUCACCUUCCUCAACCGCGUCGCCAAGUCAGAAGACAUGGUCGCAAAGUGUAACAGCAUCUGCGAAAUGGAAAAGAUCUGGUUCCUGAACAACUGCGCGAUUCUCGGUGAGGAAAUGGACGACGAUGUCAUGGACCAGCAGAAAUACGCUUCCACAGCCAUGGUCCUAGCCAACGCCCUCUACAAACUCUACCACGACAUGGAAUCAACCUACGACCCAAAAGAAGGCCACAUCCUGCCUUCCUUCCCCCUCCACCGCGCCCGCUUCAUCAUGACACGUUCCGACUUCAUCCGCCAGCACCACGACCUCUCCAUCUUCUCUAUCGACUCGCACGCCGUUGUCCGCGCCGACUCCGUUCCCAUGCAACGUGCUUUCAACGAGAUCUGCGCCGAGCCCGGUUUCGAAGACUUCCUGGAAGCGACGCUCGAGCGUAUCGGUGCGAUUGAGAGUCUCGGCAGGACGAAGGAACUUACGUUCAAGGAUCUGUGGGAGGGCGGCAAGUAUCGUAUCGUGCAGAAGGAUGGGAAGGGGAAGGUGCAGGGCGAGGUGGAGAUGGAGACUGUGCCUGGGAAGGGGGAUGAUGAUGACGAUGAUGAGAAGGAUGAUUGA